CGUAUAUAUAUUAAAGCAAGAAACCCAGACCCCUUAAACCCCAGACUUUCUCUUUCUGUAACUCAUAAUUUAUUGGUAAUCUUUUGUUUGUUCUUGUUGGAUUGGAUUACAUGAUAUGGAGCUUCAACUUGGUCUCGCUCUUCCAAGCACUCCUCCUCCUCCUUCUCCACCAAUCAAGGGCUUCGACUUGAACAGCUUUGUUUACGAAGCUAGGGUUUGUAGUAGUAUUAAUGACAACUACAAGAAACGCAGCUUUGCGCAAGCUUUUGCUGAUGGCAAGAACGACAAGACUAGUACUACUAGUGCAACGGCCGUGCCUCGAACGCUGCCUUUGUUGCUUUGGAACAAGCAACCUAACAACGACGGUGACGAGGAGGACGACGACAACAACCCUCAUAAACGCCAACACUGCAACUCCCGCUUUACAGUUGUCAUCAAAAAUGAUGGAGAUGGAUUGGUGGGGUGGCCGCCCAUUAAGUCAUGGAGAAAGGAGAUUUGCUUCCACCACCACCACCACAACAACCGCGGCGGUGGUAAUGGAACGGUGAGAAAUAUUAACGGCUGUGGUGGCGGUGGCAGAUCAGGUUCAUCAUCAAACUCAAACCAGUACUACAACAAUUCUACAUUCGUUAAGGUGAAAAUGGAGGGAGUGGGAAUAGCAAGAAAGAUUGACUUGAGCCUCCACCAAUCUUUCCAAACACUCACAGACACCUUGAUGGACAUGUUUGACAAAUGUCAGAUGGAUUCGAAAAACUAUAAGCUCACUUAUCAAGACAGAGAAGGAGACUGGCUAUUAGCUCAAGAUGUUCCUUGGAGAAGUUUCAUCCGGUCGGUGCAGCGUCUGAACUUGCUUAAGAGAACCCUCCUGAUAAUUAUUCUUCGAGGCAUGGCAAUGCGAUCUCCCCACUCUCCUUCCAGAAGAAGACCACCUAAGUUCUUUUGCUUGAUACUGUUGAUAGUUGCGCCUACAUGUAUUUUUGGACUCUUGACAAAUUACCAGAAAAUUUCGUAUUUCUUCCGACCACUUUGGGACAAGCCGCCGGCCCCUUUCAUACGACUCCCACACUACUACGCUGAAAAUGUCACCGUGGACCAUCUUUGCCACCUUCAUGGCUGGUCCAGACGGGAUGAACCCCGACGUGUUUUCGAUGGCAUCAUCUUCAGCAAUGAGUUGGACAUGCUUGAUAUUAGGUGGAAUGAGCUUUAUCCAUAUGUCACAAAAUUGGUAAUCUUUGAGGCAAAUACCACUUUUACUGGCAUCCCGAAACCUCUCUACUUUGCUUCAAAUCGUGGCAGAUUUGCCUUUGCCGAGGAUAAAAUCAUCCACGAUGUCUUUCCUGGUGUAAUUAUCCCCCGAGGAUCACAUGCAGACCCCUUUGAUCUUGAGAAAAAGCAACGUGUAGCUAUGAAUGCUUUACUUCGGCGUGCUGGGAUUUCCAAUGGCGAUAUAUUGAUAAUGUCAGAUACUGAUGAGAUACCAAGCCCACAUACUGUGAAAUUGCUGCAGUGGUGUGACGGGAUUCCACCUAAAAUGCAUCUUGAGCUGAAGCACUACAUGUACUCGUUUGAGUUCCCGGUGGACUAUAGCAGCUGGCGGGCGACAGCCCACAUCUAUGGCCCUCGUACCUUCUAUCAGCAUUCACGACAGACAAACUACUUAUUUUCUGAUGCAGGAUGGCAUUGCAGUUUUUGCUUCCGGCGGAUUGAAGAUUUUGUGUUUAAGAUGACAGCUUACAGCCACGCAGACCGUGUGAAGCGCAGAGAAUUUCUUGACCAUUCAAGGAUUCAGAAACUCAUUUGUAGAGGAGAUGAUCUUUUCGACAUGUUACCUGAAGAGUACUCGUUCAAGGAGUUGAUCAAGAAGAUGGGAGCGAUACCCCGUUCGACUUCUGCAGUUCAUCUUCCUUCUUACUUGUUAAAGAAUGUAGACAAGUUUAGGUUCCUUCUCCCUGGAGGCUGUUUAAGGUCACAGGAUUGAAAGGUUUCGUAGGUAAUACUAACUUUAAGCAAUUUAUUAUUCUGAUUUUAGCUUUCUAUGUGGCCCGGUAACUUGCUAGUAAAGGAUACACCAUUGCAAAGCAAUUAUUCUGAUUUAGCUUUUAUAAGAUUUGAUUUUGUUUCUAA